UCUUGCUUUAACACAACGUCUAAGCUAAAGAACAGAUCACAGACAAACAAAGGAAUUCAUUAAGAGAUGGAGAUCAUACCUUUACUCGGCCAAUGCAACAGUUCAUCCAUGGCGAUCUUCAUCUUCUUAUCUCUUCUACUGUUUGGAGUUCACCCAAAGGUGGUCGCCGGACUUGAGAUAAAUCCUCUGGUAGAGCUUUCUAGCAGAGAUGAUUUGGCACGAAUGGCUGGUUAUGGAGAAGAGAAGCUUUCUACUGUCAUGAUUUACGGUUCUGUUCUAUGUUCCCCUUGUUCGGAUGAGAAAGCUCAGGAUCAGGCUCAACCCAUUUCAGGUGCUUCAGUAGUUGUAUCGUGUCGAACUAAUAAGAAAGCAAGCAAAUCGAACUGGGUUGAAGGGUCUACAGACAAGUAUGGAGAGUUCUUGAUCGAUCUUCCUUCCCACCUUCACUCAAUUCCAGAUUUGGAUAAGAGGUGUUGUGUGAAGGUGACAAAAGUGCCAAAGAACUCAAUAUGUCACCACCACCGUUCAUUCACGGGAAAGCAUUCUGAAUUGGAGAAGUCUGCUUCAUCAGAUGGUAAUGGCGGCAUCCGUUCUUACACUGCCAAGAAAUUAGUUUUGGCACCAAACCAUUCACACGAGGAAUGCACCAACAACACUAGUUUGUAGAUGUAAAAAGCCAUUAAAGUGUUCAUCUGUGUGGCGCUUCCGGUCGCAAAACAUGUUGAGCUGAGAACACUUAAUUACUAUGUAAUCAAUUCAUGCUUGUGUCUGUGUGUGUUUGUGAAAGAGAGAUUGUAUAUAAAUAGAUGUACCAUCUGGAAGA